AUGCUUCAAUACAAUAAUAUGCAUUGGGUCGUGCUCUUGGGUAAUCUACUGGCAAUAGUGAGCGCCCGCCCAUUCGAAUUUGCCAGUAGAGACAACCCCCAAAACGAGUCAUACGUUCUUGAAAAAUUCCUGGUAACAACCACGGAUGCUGCUCAGGCAGUACGCGAUUAUUGGACACCUGAGCGUCUUUCUUCAAUUGACCAUGAUCCAAUUUCAACCAACACAACACCAGUUCCUGCGAAUGAAGAAUAUCGUGGCACCGAGUUCAACGGACAAGGUGAUAUUCCGCAUACUGUUGGACGACUAUUAUACACAGAAUUGACAGAGGAGUACGGCUGGAGAGAUUCCUCGUGCACGGCAACUCUUGUACAAAGCGACAACAAGGCUACCAUCGUUACGGCAGCGCACUGUCUAAAACCAAACGUCAUGACUCGGAAUCAUACGGAGUGGAAUGAGAAUAUCCUCUUCCUCCCGGGUUUCCGAGAUAACCUGCCCCAGGUCAACUUCACCAUAAAUCGCGCGUAUCUUGAGAGCAGUUGGGUCUACGAAGGCGUUACCUACUUCAAUGAUCGAGCUUUCGCAGUUCUGAACUCGGACUUAGCUUCCGGAAAAGCUGCAGGGCUGGUCAUCGGUGCUGCUCAAGAUAUUCAAUUCGGUACUGAGCCACCAUACGGAACUCUGUACAACCUUGGCUACCCUCGAUAUUCAUCGGACAAGGAGGAGUUUCGUUAUGGUUCGCCAGCCUUUACGGGACGUCGACUAUCAGCCUGUUAUGGUGAGGCCGAAGACUGGUGGCGAUUCCCUUCCGAUCUUGCAGGAUUUCCCUGCCAAAUGAGUGGUGGAUCUAGUGGUGGCCCUCAUCUCGCCAACUUCGACAUGCAACGAGGCGUUGGGACAGUGGUUGCAGUUAAUAGUAUCCUCGAUCAGAAUGCUCCUCCACCAGAAGGAAUAGUAUAUGAGUACGGCAUGUCGGUCACUACCAGUUUUUCGAAGCUUCUAUAUGAAGCUGCACAGAGAGUUAAGCUAGAGUUAGCCUAG